CACACCAUUCUUUUUUUCUUUUUAGAAUAAUUCAACAAAAGAUAAGCAAGUUAUGGGUUCCAAAUUUUGUACUAAAAACAUUUAAAAAAACCCUUCUCUCUCUACAACCUUUCUUGAUACUAAAAAUCAAAUCCUUGCCAUAAUUCUUGUGAAUUAUGGAGACCAAACUUCACACAAAUAAUAAUACCAAAGAAAAAGCUGUAGAAGAAGAAGCAAAGCCAAAAUCAUCGUCUUCUUCGCCUUCUCAUGAAUUUUCUUUCACUAUUUCUCUUCAUUCUUCUUCCACAACACUCUCUGAUAGUGAUAGUAUUCAUAAUAAAAACAAUACAGCAAAUAAAAACCCUAAUCCGUCUUCUUUCGCCAUUGAUUUAUCUCCGGCUGAUGAUAUUUUCUUCCAUGGUCACUUGCUUCCUCUUCAAUUCCUCUCUCAUCUCCCUGUCUCUCCCCGGACUUCCAUUAAUUCUGUCGACAGUUUCACUCUGCCCAUCAGAGAAUUGACCGACGAUCAUCAGAAACCCGUUAUAAACAGCAGCAUCAGAAAACAUAAGAGCGACAGCAAUAUUAUUAUAAACAGUAGUAACAGCAAUGGUGAUGAAACGAAGGCUCGAACCAGCACCAGCAAGAAACCGAAAUCUUUUUCGUUUUUCCGGUGGAAAAAAGGGUGUGAAAUCGGAGAAAUCGACAAGCAAAAUCAAAAGAAAAAUCUGAGAUUUGAACUGAGUCGAGUUCUGAAACGGUAUGUUAGUAUGGUUCGGCCAUUGUUGUUUUUCAAAGGAAAAACGGAAAAUAUGCAGUUUCAUAAUUCAUUUUCAGGGAACUUGAGCUUGAAAAAUGUGAAGCAAGAUCAGUUUAUAAGAGGAAGAAGAAGAGGUGAAUAUUCUGCUCCGGCUUCCAUGAGAACAUCUCCGACGAACAGUGGGCUUCUUGUAGCUACUGCAAAUUUGUCAUCCUCUACGAGUGAUAGUACUAUGGAAGAACUUCAAGCUGCUAUUCAAGCUGCCAUUGCUCAUUGCAAAAAUUCUAUUGCUGCUGAAGACAAGAUCAAAUGCUAAUCUAAUCAUUUCAUAAUGAUUAACAUCUGAUUUUUCUUCUAAAUUUUCCUAUAUAUAUUCGAAAUUUGUAUUGCUAUUUGUUGUACACUUGUGUAUAAAGUGGUAUAUAUUUGCCGACCCGAAAUAUAUUACGAAAUGAGUUUUAAAUUUAA